GCAGGUAGCCAAGCAGCAGCCAUUCAAACAUCAACAUUCACCACCCUCACAUCACAAUCCCGGUUGAGGAACCUGGACCCCUAUUUAUGGAUGGAUGGAUUUUACCCCUGAAACGGAAGAAAAGAGGGAUGAAAAGCAUUACCACACAACAAUACAACCACCACACGCUCAUUCACUGGUUAUCGGAAACACAGGAGAAUUGGCGUUGCAGAAACACUCUCUUGCUGUUGUAUCAACGCCCUUCUAUUCACGAACACUAUAUCAAUACAUGCCUACAUGAUUACAUGACGACUGACACGACUAUAUGACAUGAGACCUCUAAAUCCUUUUCGUCUCAUUCUUGUUUAGCUUCUUCUCCUUUUCUCCCAUUUUACUUCUACUCCCAUAAUUUGUCAUGUAUCUGGUUUGACUUUGAUCCUUUCUUACACACACGAUUUCUCUUCUCCCUCUCCCUCUGCCUCUUCUUCUUCUUCUUCUUCUUCUUCAGCUGUAUUAUCCAUGAAAUCUAGACGGCGAUACCCUUGAAAUCCAGAAAUUCUUCCAUGGCUGACCUGCGCACGGAUUGAAUGAAGGCCUCCAUCUUCCACUAGAAAGUCUAAAGUCUCACAAGUGGGACUGUUACUGAUACUAGCGCGAACCUAGCUAAUUGCUUUCUUGGUCUACAGGAGAUUCCAGUAUGGCAUCGGCACUUCCAUAUGCGCCUCCAAGUCGCAAGGCCAAUUCUACGAUUAUGUCGAUGCAAGCACUUCGUCCCACCACGCGGGGUACAAUAGGAAGUGGAACAACAAGUUCGAAUGGGAGUUUCCAACGGAGAACCUCCUUGUCUUCAUUUCCAUCCUCUCGUUCUCCUUCAGUCAUGUCACAACGUCGUCCCUCACGAAGUCCGAAUCCCCCACCAAUAGACACGGAUCGAACUUCUGAUCCAAGUACCGUCCUUUCUAAAACUCCCACCAGUGGUGUAUCCUCCCAACACUCAUCAUUAUCCGCUCCAAAUAAAUAUAGUUCAAGUGCACAUCCUGCCAGAAGACUGAAAUCACAAUAUCCUCGAGGAGAUACAGAGAACCAUGUCGAAUAUAUACUGGUGGCAUCAUUUGAUAUUGACAAGGGACCAAUUAUGGAACAUCAAUACCCUGUUGCUAUAACGGGCGAUGAACAUAUGUUAGCAGAAUUGAUGUUGCCAGAUCAAGCCCAUGUUCGAAACCAAGAUUGGACGAUAUUCUUCCUACAUAAAGAUACCAGUCAGGACGAAGAAGAGGCAGAGGAGAAAGCUGAAAGAAGAAGAUUACGAAAGGCAAAGAAGGAAGCUAGGGCAGCUCUCUUUGAGAGUGGGAAUGUUGACCCUUUAGAAAGGGUGGAAGGUAGUGAGGAGGAUUCAUCGGAAGAAGAUGAACCAGAAGGAGGCGAAGGUCCGCCUCUAAUAUAUGUUUUAAAUCUUGUGAACACCAAGCAAGACAAGACGGCCAAAAGAGGGGCUGUAGUGAAAGCUAUGGCAAUAUGUACUCGACAUCCAUUUCUGCACAUUUAUAAGCCACUUCUAUUGUUAGCUCUUGAGGAAUACUUCAAAACGCCUCAACCAUCAACGCUGGCGGAGUUAUAUGAGGCAGUGAAUACAAUGGAUCUAUCAUUAAUGCCCAAAUUGAGCAUACUCGAACGUCAUCUUCUACAAGCUAGUGACAACAAAGAUCUAUUUGUAGAGAAGUUUGAGCAAAUGAUUCAAAUGCGUAUGGCAGAGGACAAAGGCGAAGCGCUAGAUGAUAUGGCAGCCAUGUCCGAAAGUCCAGAAAGGAGACCAGGUCUGGUGCGAAAUGGUACAAAAGCGCAUGUCCAACAACUCAUACAUUCGAACUACUCGGUACCUCGGGAUACACACGAAUUUGAGACCAAGGUUAUGUACAAUGGAAUUCCGAUACCCAUCAAGGUUCCCGUUGCAGUAUCUCCUGAGACAGUUGGGGAUUUUUCUCUUGUUAAACUCAUACAGACAUACAACGAUCCUCAUGUCAAAUCCCCCAUUCCGUUCGCGCUACAUCCUCAUCUUACAACGGGAGGUGUACAUACUCAUCCUAUCAUUGUGUUAGUCAAUGCAAUGUUAACUCAAAAACGCGUCAUCUUCCUUGGGCACAAUCGUCCAUCAGGUGAAGUUGCUGAAGCUGUACUUGCAGCUUGCGCUUUAGCAUCCGGAGGAAUUUUACGUGGAUUCACUCGCCAUGCUUUUCCAUAUACCGAUCUUAGUAAAAUCGACGACCUUUUAAAAGUGCCAGGGUUUAUCGCAGGUGUAACAAAUCCAACUUUCGAGAACCACCCGGAGUGGUGGGACGUAUUAUGUGACAUACCAUCUGGUCGAAUGAAGAUCAGUAGUCGAAUCGAACAAGCACCACUUACGGAAGGACUUGCAAACUUCCAGCAACAAAACCCGGCUUAUGCCAGUGCUACAAAUGUCGCAACCUCAACUAGCCAAGCCGCCAGUGAUCCAACGGGCGAUGCUGCAUUUAUGAAUGAUGUUAUCCGCAGUAUUGCAGCUAGACAUGGUGAAGGUGUUAUCCGAGCCAAAUGGCGAGAUUGGGUUGUCAAAUUCACUAGAAUUUCGGCACAAUUUGAAGAGAGUGUUUACGGCGCAAGUGCUUUAUAUAUUGGGGUAGAAAAAGCAGAGCCUGGCAAUGAAAACGUCAGCGGCCAUGGAUACGUUUGGCCUGAUGAUCAUGCGAAAUUCCGUGAGCUCGCUAGUAAUGUGAAUCGGAUUGAGGGCUGGAGAGCCACUCGAAGUUACUAUAGCUUCAAGCAGGACCUAGUGCAACUGUACAACUUUCGACCUCUCAAAGCUCUUGACCUUCAUCAUCUACACGAUCGUCUACGAAUGACAAAGCUUACUCCUGGUGCAAGUCGUGAUAUAUACGUUGCCAUGGAGAGAUACACACAUUCAUAUGAUGAAAUAUGUCAGCUUCUAGCUGUAGCACCCGAAUCACAUGCAGGACUUUUCUAUAUUGCGCUUGGACUUUUUCACAAAGAUCGAGAUGUUCGAAUGAGAGUUGUCGAUUUGUUGGAGAGGAUCAGCGAUCAUGAAGCUGGACGACAUUGGUGGAAAGCCUUGAGUCGAUUCGAGAAACUAGCUUUUAUUCGCAUUAGGAGAGAAGCAGAAGCAGAGAUGAGAGCUAAGUUGGGGGGUGUGGAGAGAGACAUCCCGGCUGAUGGCGAUGCAAUGGUUUUGGGAAGGCGGGUCAGUUGAUAUAGUAAGAGAAGGAUUUGAUUGCAUAUUGGUGUUGGCUUCUUUUUAUGAUUUUACGAGAUCAUGAUCACUGCGAUAUUAGAUGGAAGGUGCUAGGGUGCAAUUGUUUAGGGACUGCAUUGAUUGAUUACUGGACUGAGAAAUUACAGAGCCAUGAAAGAACGAAAGGAAGUUCAGGAGAUAGAUACCCCAUGGAGACAGAGAACAGUUUUGCGGACGAAUGGAACGACGUUUAUUAUAAUGCCACCAUCAUUCUAUGAUCCGUAUAUUGCCUAUGGACAUGGAGCUUGGCGAAUGUCCCCGGUUAACCUUGAUCCUCCCGGUGAGCCAAUGUAAUUUAUAUGUCUCGAGUUACAGAGAACCUCAAGGAAUUGUUUUCCUAAUACAGCAUCAAAAAUCAAUAAGGAAAGCUUGACCCA